GGUUGACAUCCAUCGGUCUAUCUCUGUCUGUGGUGUGUGAAGACGACCCGUUGAAAUUAAAAAGCAAAAAUGAGACUCUUGAAAGCAGGGUUGAAAUUGAGCCAACAACAUUUAACAAAGUCCGGAACAUUAACCCUAAAACAGGUUCUGCUAAACAGUUGUCGGUCAUGUUCGUCUGGUAUCAUCCCCAAUGAGAGGAUACGUAACAUUGGCAUCUCUGCCCAUAUCGACUCUGGCAAGACCACACUCACCGAACGAAUAUUAUACUACACCGGGAGAAUUGCGGAAAUGCACGAGGUAAGGGGCAAAGAUGGAGUUGGGGCAGUCAUGGACUCAAUGGAGUUGGAGAGGCAGAGAGGAAUUACUAUCCAGUCAGCCGCCACGUACACUAUGUGGAACCAGCACAAUAUCAACAUCAUCGAUACUCCAGGUCACGUUGACUUCACCAUCGAGGUGGAGCGCUCCCUGCGUGUUCUUGACGGGGCUGUGCUGGUCCUGUGUGCGGUGGGAGGGGUGCAGUGCCAGAGCAUGACGGUCAACAGGCAGAUGAAGCGCUACAACGUGCCCUUCCUCACCUUCAUCAACAAGCUGGACCGCAUGGGCUCCAACCCCAACAGGGCCCUGCUACAACUCAGGAGUAAGCUGAACCAGAACGCUGCCUUCAUAAACAUCCCCAUUGGCCUGGAGAGCAAUCUGAGAGGCAUUGUGGACCUCAUAGAGGAGCGCAGUAUCCUAUUUGAGGGGCCUUUUGGUCAGAGUAUUCGUUACGAUGAGAUCCCAGCUGAGAUGCGGGCGGAGGCGUCAGAUCGCAGGCAGGAGCUGGUGGAGUGUGUUGCCAACGCUGACGAGAUCCUGGGAGAGAUGUUUCUGGAGGAGAAGAUUCCCACCAUCGAUGACCUAAAGGCUGCGGUGCGUAGGGCCACUGUAGCGCGUACCUUCUCCCCAGUGCUGGUGGGCAGUGCCCUGAAGAACAAGGGAGUGCAGCCUCUCCUGGACGCUGUGCUGGAGUACCUCCCCAACCCAACAGAGGUCAACAACUACGCCAUCCACAACGAAGAGGAAUCGACCGAUGGUAAAAAGAUUCUGAUGAGCCCCGCCAGAGAUGCAUCUAAUCCUUUUGUUGGCCUGGCCUUCAAGUUGGAGGCCGGUCGUUUUGGUCAGCUGACCUACAUGAGAGUGUACCAGGGCUGCCUGAAGAAGUCUGAGUACAUCUUCAACACUCGCACCACCAAGAAGAUCCGGGUGCAGAGGCUGGUGCGACUGCACGCUGGGGAGAUGGAGGAUGUGGAGGAGGUGUAUGCAGGUGACAUCUGUGCUCUGUUUGGAAUCGACUGUGCCAGUGGAGACACCUUCACCACCCGCACCAAUGCCAACCUCUCUAUGGAGUCAAUUCAUGUACCUGACGCUGUGAUAUCCAUGUCCAUGAAACCCUCCAACAAGAAUGACACGGAUAAGUUCUCCAAGGGCAUCAACCGUUUCACCCGUGAGGACCCCACCUUCAGGGUGCACUUUGACACGGAGAGCAAGGAGACCAUCAUCUCAGGCAUGGGAGAGCUCCACCUGGAGAUCUACUCUCAGAGGAUGGAGAGGGAGUACGGGUGCCCGUGUGUGAUGGGCAAGCCCAAGGUUGCCUUCAGAGAGACCAUCACCAGCCCUGUGCCGUUUGAGUUCACCCACAAGAAGCAGUCAGGUGGAUCUGGCCAGUUUGGUAAAGUCAUGGGAGUGCUGGAGCCUCUGGAGGGGGAGAACUACACCAAGGUGGAGUUUGAUGACCGAACCAUCGGGACCAACAUCCCCAAGCAGUUUAUCCCCUCUGUAGAAAAGGGCUUUUUGCUCGCAUGUGAGAAAGGCCCACUGACUGCACACAAGAUCUCUGGGGUGAGGUUUGUUCUGGAGGAUGGAGCUAGUCACAUGGUGGACUCCAAUGAAAUCUCCUUCAUCCGUGCAGGAGAAGGCGCUGUCAAGCAAGCUAUGGACGCGGGUAACGUGGCGAUCCUGGAGCCAGUCAUGUCUGUGGAGAUCGUGGCCCCGAACGAGUUCCAGGGCCCAGUCAUCGCCGGGGUCAACCGUCGCCAUGGCGUCAUCACCGGGCAGGACGGCUCGGAAGAUUACUUCACACUCUAUGCGGAUAUUCCCCUGAACGACAUGUUUGGCUACUCUACAGAGCUGAGGUCCUGCACAGAGGGGAAAGGCGAGUACACCAUGGAGUACAGCCGCUACCAGGCCUGCCUGCCAACCGUGCAGGAGGAGCUCAUCAACAAGUACCUGGAAGCAACGGGACAACUUCCCGCCAAGAAAGGCAAAUGGAAGAACUGAGCUGGAAGAAGCACAGACACACACACACACACACACACACACACACACACACACACACACACAGAAAAGAACUAUACUGUCGAGAGAAAACACACACACACAGAGACACACAGAAAAGAACUAUACUGUCGAGAGAAAUCACACACACACACACACACACACACACACACACACACACACACACACACACACAGAGACACACAGAAAAGAACUAUACUGUCGAGAGAAAUGUUUGGAAAAGCUAUCUCAUUUCGGGCCCAAAUUGCCAGAGAAGGAUCCAUCUUCAGUUUCAGCUAUUUUCUCUGGCAGUGCCAGGGAGUGCUACAUUAUUGAGUUAAGAAAAUUGUGUUCAUGUCAUUCAUUCACUUCCUGGCAUUGGCACUUACCCAAAUGUUACCAUUUUAAUGAAAAGCAUGGAACUUGUCCAGGUUGGCUGUCCAACUUGGCUUAGUUAGGAGAGUUCUCUGUCCAGGGAGCUUUGGGUGAAAAUGUUUCUACGCAAACAUGUUUCCCUCCUCAAUCAAGGUCUGUCCUUUUGCACCAAACUGAGUAAUUUUAUGCCAGAAAUGUUUGUCUAGGAGCACUUCCCGGACUCAAGUCGCUUGUUUGAGGUGGUCUUUGGAUGGAUGGGAACAUUUGGAUGAAAGGAAAGACUCCAAGGCACUCUCAUUUAGUAACAUUUGGAAAGCCUUUAUCGUAGUGUUUUGGUCACAUUAAAAUCUUCUGUGUUGCAGCAAUCAAGCUUUAAUGAGGAAAACUGGAUUGCUGAAAUGUCUGGGUUUUUUAUUUUAUUUUUAAAUUAAAGUUAUUAUUAAAGAGAAAGAUGUUCUGUCAUCAAGCUGCUACUAUGAAGGCUUUCUAAAUUUUGCAAAAUGACAGCCCCUUGGAGGUCUUCUUUUUGAGUAAUUUAUGUAUUUUUAAAAUGUUAUCGUUACCUCUAAAUCUCAACUGUAUAGCCACUUUUUCCAUUUCGUCUGCACCAUAUCUGUGCAGAUGGGAGGAUGUGUUUUUAUACAGUGAUUACCUUUUGUACUGUGUACAGCGUAUGAUGAUGAUGAUGAUGUGGUUGAUGCAAUUAAAGACUGUGUUAAUAUUACAUAUAA